GUAGACUCCCGAUCUCAGGCCCCAGGGUCCACAGCAGCGGGAUGACCGGGAGUAACCCCGCCUCGCUGCAGCAUAAAGGAUGAUGGGAAGGAAACUGAGCCGGCGACAUAGCGGCGGCGAUGUUGGGGAGCCCGGCCCUAUAGUCCCCGGCCAGUGGCGAACACAGGGUCCGCCAUGGCCUGGCAAUUGGCUGUAAUACUCCGGCGGGGCGUGUGGGCGGCGAUGACCGGUGGCUGUUACCUGGAGCCCCAGCAGAGCGGCUUCUCCAAUACCUUCCACCUGUAUGUAUGGAUCGCGCUGCUCGGAGCUCCGUUCGUCCUGCACCUGGCUGCAUCGCCUAGCAAAGUCGCUCUUGGAAUUUACUGUGGUUUGAUAGCUCUCCUUUUUACUGUGAUAAAGACAAUUAAUUAUCGACUUCACCUUAUGUUUGAAGACGGAGAAAUAAUACAUCAGAGUACCCAGGCUACGUCUUUCACAAAGGCUAAGACUGAAUCUGGAGUAGAGCACAAUGAUGAAUCAGAAUUGAUGCUUUCUGUUAGUCCUGGUCGCAGGUAUCAUGUGCAAGAUAUCCAACUGACUGAAUUCAGUAAGAAUAAGUCAACACCACCAGUCCUCCACAGCUCUUGGCAGUCCAUGCUUGAUCCUGCAGUCAGUGACGAUUCGGAUCUACCAACAAAUCCGAAAGAUGCAGAAGAACUCAAAGAGAAAGACUUCAGGAGACUUACUGCAACUCAGGAACAUAAUGAUACCCCAAAUGAACUCACUUGCAAAACUCCAUUAACUUUAGACAAGGAAAAGAAAGAUCACAUGCUGAACAAAGCAACCCCACUGAUGCCUUACGAUUCCCCAGUAUGUUUCCAUCAGUCGAUAUCUCCAGAUGUAGAACCCACUGGACAAGGACGUUGUGAAUCAGGCAACUUUGAAGAGUCACCUUUGCUCCUUACACCAUCUGUUCUGCCAGGCCAGUCAGCUGACGGUCCACUUAUAGAAAAUGCUAAGAAACCCGACUCAUCUCAGAUUUGUGCAGUUCCAGGUGACUCCAGGACAGCUUUCACCGAGGUGAACACUAUGCUCCAUCUUCCAAAGCAGCAAGAGUCUGCAGGACCGUUCAUAACUAAAUUAAACCAGAGCCAUCAAUGUUCUGAUGUACUGGAUACUACAUGCAACUUGAUAGUGAUCAACAGUGGUAACUCUGAACUGGAACCAAUGUACAGUGUGAGUAGUGUUAUCGGUGAAAAUGAGUCCUUUGAGAAAUGUGCCAGUCUGUGUAAUAAAACCCAAGGGAAUAUUGCUGGUCAGAUUGACAAUGGGGAUCUACAGCCUGCAGGUGAAUUGGGUACUGAUCUCACAGAGCAAGAAAAUCAGGAAGUAUCUGAACAUAAAGAACUUCCAACUAACAGCAGUUCUUUGGUGAAUCUGACAGAGGACAAAGAGAUGGAAGUUUACCCUGAGAAGGAUUCCACCACAUGUUUGAUUUGCAAUGUAGAGACCAGGACUAAUCAAAAUAAUUCUACUCCUGAUACAAAAGGGCAAGAGUCUGAUUUAUUAGACAAUCCAGUUAUUGGAUUGGAGCCACCCGAGGCUGUGAGAAGUGUUGACACUACUAAUAAUACUAACGUAAAGCCGUCAUCCUUUUUAUAUGUAAGUAAAGGGAUUCAGGUGUCAGGAACUGAUAACAAGUACAUAUCAAGAUCCGAUCUUGUCGUCAGACCAAAGUCUUCGAGUUUUGUUAGGCAGGCACUCUCCAUUCACCAGUAUGAUAAGCAGAAAUCACGGAAACAAACAAGUGUUGGUUUGGACUCCAGCCAUUGUACUGGUAAUGCAAACUGGGUCACUGCAGCACUGUCCAAGGGCAACAGAAGUGAAGAUGAGGACACAAAUGACCAUACUACUUUGAGCAGAUCCUCAAGUCUGCAGUCUCAUCACAACAUUUCAAUGGAUACCUCUUCUAGUACCAAUUCACGAUCUUGCUCCUCCCCAGAUCACAUUUAUCACAACUACCAGAACCAAUGUCGGCAGGGUGAGCCAAGAGCAGUGUCCGAGUCAUUUUUGAAAGUUAUGCAUUGCCUGAUGGAAAACCAGCGGCAGCAGGAACAGCAAAUGGCAGCUGAUGGCUCCCUGAAAGCACACAUCAGGGUCUUUAAUAUGGACGGGGGAGCAGAUGUUGUCUUCAGCAGGGCAUCUGGAAGUAGUGCCAACAAUCAGGGAAGAACACUAACCACCUCAAAGUCGGACCUUGAGGCCAAAGAAGGGCAGAUCCCAAACGAGUCGAACUUUAUAGAGUUCAUAUCUCUGUUGGAAUCAAUUAAUAGUUCAAGAAUGAAUGCAGUGAACUGGGCAAGUGACUGUCCAGAGGAGGGCGCCAUGGGCGGAGUUAUGCUACCACUAGAAUCUGGGCCUGAAAACACGAAGCUGCAAGGCAACAACAGUCAACAGAGGAAAUCAGGGAAACAGCAACGGCAGAAUGGAAGAAACAAUCCAAGUCAUUCUGCAACCUUCUGUUCACCACAGAGCUCACAGGAUAGUGGGCGAAUGCAGAACCAUUCUGGUUCAUUGCACUGGGGCAGUGUAGGGUGUCCAAGUGUCAGUCCAAGGCACGAUGCUUCAUCACAUCACGAUACUUCCAUUGGGGCAACACACUUUUUUGUCGAUGAACUCGGAGAAGUAAGGUCGUACACAUUUGGGCCCAAGAGCAGAGGUUUUGAAAAUUCUUUAUAUCAUCAAACAAGUUCAGAACACAUUCAGAGUUCAUGGGAUCAUCACUCCAACUCUCCCAGUCACGCUUCAGCUGACGGACACAACAGGGUUGAGGAAAAUCCUGACGAGCCACACCACCGACACCAACCAGUCAUAUUGCGGAGAAUGCGAAUUAGAAGAUAUUCGGAGGCACGGCAGGGAGCUGGAAAUCGUGAAUCAGCUGUUAAAGUAGAAGAGAACUCUAGCUUCAGACAAUCUUACAGAUUUUGGAUCUUACCUGGAAAGUGGGUGGAGAUUCAUUAUGAUCGUCUGGCUUUGAUGACUUUACUGGACAGGAAUCAGGGCAUUGGAGAAAAUGUGUUAUCAGUUUCCUUGGCUGUCCUCGUUGCCCUUCUUGGAUUCAGCCUUCUUGACAAGGGGUUUUUCAAGGACAUCUCUGUUUUGUGCUUCUGCCUAGUUAUUGCCAGCUGCCAAUACUCCCUGUUAAAGAGUGCUCAGCCUGAUCCUGCUUCGCCUGUGCACGGACACAAUAGAAUUGUUGCAUACAGCAGAUCUAUUUAUUUUUCCAUUUGCUGUGGCCUUGUGUGGGUUUUGGAUCUCGGCAGUAAAAGCACUCGACUUCCAUCUUCUACUCUGUAUGGAUUUAGAUUAAUGUCUACCGAAAACUUUGCAACUGCCAGAGAUUUUAUUAUCGGGUUCACCCAAUGUUUCCCUCUCAUUUUCCUCCUGGGUCUUCUUCCACAGAUUAACACUUUCUUCACAUACUUGCUGGAGCAAGUCGACAUGCAUAUAUUUGGUGGAUCUGCUGCAACAGGGCUAAUCUCCUCGCUCUAUGGCUUUUUCCGCAGUUUACUUGCUGUAUGCCUGCUGUAUGCUCUGUGUAUUGGUACUGUAGAGGGACCAUGGGAUGCUCAGCAUAUUCCAACCCUAUUUUCUGCUUACUGUGGACUGUUGGUUGCUUGUUCCUAUCACCUCAGCAGACAAAGCAGCGAACCAGCAGUGUUGGUGUCCCUCAUUCGCUCUAAAUUGACCAAUGAAUUGGAAGUCCAGGAUCCUGAACAUCCUCUUUCAAAAUACAAAGAUGCUCUUCCUGAGCAACUCAGGAAUUCUGUGAGGGAAGUCUUGAAGUCUGAUCUUGUCAUGUGUGCAGUAAUUAGCCUCCUGACCUUUGCAAUCAGCACAACCACUGUUUUCCUUUCAUUAAAGCCGAUUCUUAGUUUUGUGCUGUAUACUUUGGCUGGGACCAUCGGAUUCCUGACACAUUACCUGCUCCCGCGACUCCGCACACAAGUUCCAUGGUUCUGCUUUGCGCAUCCUUUGCUUAAAGCCAAGGAAUAUAAUCAGUUUGAAGUCCAAGACGCAGCCCAGUUGAUGUGGUUUGAACGAGUAUACGUUUGGCUCCUGUGCUUGGAGAAAUAUGCUAUUUACCCAGCUGUGGUCCUCAAUGCACUCACCAACGAUGCUUUCUCUCUCAGCAGUCACAAGAAGCUCGGCAUACAUUGUGAUGUUUUAAUGAUGACGGUGGCCAGUAUGAAGCUGCUACGCUCCUCCUUCUGUAACCCAACAUACCAGUAUGUUACGUUGAGCUUUACAGUGCUCUUCUUCCAAUUUGACUGCAGAAGUGCCUCCGAGACAUUCUUGCUGGAUUUCUUCUUGAUGUCAAUCAUAUUCAGUAAGCUGUGGGAUUUACAACACAAAUUGCAGUUUAUUUUGACCUACACUGCCCCUUGGCAGAUUGCAUGGGGCUCAGCCUUCCAUGCUUUUGCCCAGCCCUUUGCUGUGCCUCAUUCAGCUAUGCUUUUCACCCAGGCCCUCGUGUCUUCACUCUUUUCUACUCCUCUUGCUCCGUUCCUUGGAAGUGCCAUUUUCAUUACAUCCUACGUCAGGCCAGUGAAGUUCUGGGAAAAGAGUUACAACACGAAACGGGUGGAUCACUCAAACACCAGGCUGGAUUCACAGAUAAACAGAAGUAUGGGAGCCGAUGAUAACAACCUGAAUUCAAUCUUCUACGAGCACCUGACUAGAUCACUACAGCAGAGUUUGUGUGGUGACUUGAUCCUAGGCCGCUGGGGAAGCUACAGCACUGGAGACUGCUUCAUCCUGGCUUCAGAUUACCUCAAUGCACUGGUUCAAUUGAUAGAGAUUGGCAACGGCCUCGUAACUUUUCAGCUCAGAGGACUUGAGUUUAGAGGUACAUAUUGCCAACAGAGGGAGGUUGAAGCAAUAACAGAGGGAGCUGAGGAUGACGAAGGUUGCUGCUGUUGCUGUGAGCCAGGGCAUUUGCCCCACAUGCUGUCAUUCAAUGCGGUUUUUAUCCAACGCUGGCUGGCCUGGGAAGUCACUUCAUCCAAGUACGUUCUGGAAGGCUACAGCAUCAGUGACAACAAUGCAGCGUGCAUGCUACAGAUGUUUGAUCUAAGAAAGAUGCUCAUCACCUAUUACGUAAAGAGUAUAAUAUACUACCUGAUUCGUUCCCCAAAGCUGGAGGACUGGUUAAGCAAUGAAUCCAUACAAGAAGCUCUGCAUCCCUGCACAGCGUGGAAUUACAUUGACAAGGACCCAGCAGUUUUUAAUAUGAACAUUGAUGAAGACUACGACCAUUGCCUCAAGGGAAUCUCAAGAGCCAGCUUCUGCAACACUUACCUGGAAUGGAUCCAGCAUUGCAAUAGUAAAAGGACAAAGCCCAUGAGCAGUGAUGGCGGUUCCCCUCUGGUAACCCUUUGUUACAGCCUUUCAAUCCUUGGCAGAAGAGCUUUAGGGACAGCCACACACAACAUGUCCAUCAGCUUGGAAUCAUUUCUAUAUGGAUUCCAUGCAUUAUUUAAAGGAGAUUUCAGAAUCACAGCCAAGCAGGAAUGGGUUUUCGAAGAUAUCGACUUGCUGCACAAGGUUGUUGCCCCAGGGAUUCGAAUGUCCCUUAAACUUCACCAGGACCACUUCACCACGUCUGACGAAUAUGAGGAUCCCGUGGUACUUUAUGAGGCCAUCAGUGGCCAUGAGCGGUCAUUGGUCAUCUGCCACGAGGGAGACCCAUUGUGGUGCCAGUCCAUCCUUUCAAAUGCAACGGCUCUGCUUGCACUCAGGCACGUGGUAGAUGACGGGGCCAAUGAAUACAAGAUCAUUAUGCUUCACCACCGCUUCCUCAGCUUCAAAGUGGUGAAGGUGAAUAAAGAGUGUGUGAAAGGGCUAUGGGCAGGACAGCAGAUGGAGCUGGUAUUCCUCCAGAAUCGCAACCCAGAACGAGGCAGCAUACAGAAUGCCAAGCAGGUCUUGAGAAACAUGAUCAAUUCUUCCUGUGACCAACCGAUUGGCUACCCAAUUUAUGUGUCACCUCUUACCACUUCCUAUGCGGGCACACAUAAACAGCUGAAGAACGUCUGGGGAGGUCCAGUCAGUUUGGAGAAUCUCAACUUGUGGUUCACUUCCAGGUGGCAGAAGUUGCGCAAGGGCUGCACUGGAGGCAACAUUGACGAUUCAGAUGGCGGUGGGGCUUCCAUGUCCAGCAGCACCAAUCCGACCGAGCAUACCGUGCACAGCAUCAGCUCUAAGAAAGCACAAGACUGGAGGCCACGUCCGACAACCACACAAACUGCUCGCCCGCCAAGAGGUCAGCGAGAACAAAGGAGUACUUCAGUCCAGGUCCAGGUCCCAUCACAACAAGAGGACCAACGACUACCCACCACCAGUCAAUCAGGCUCUGUACUUGAAACUUCCCAGGUGUCAUCGUCUGUCCAAGGCAUGGUUCAAAGAUUAUCCAACAGCCAGCUGUCCUUCAAUAACUCAGUAGCUUCCAUGUUAUCUCAAGUACCUCGACUCUCCACUGCAAGUAGUCAGGGCCACUCAGGGACAAUGAAUUUGUGCAGCGUCAAUUCUUCCACCAGCUCCACCUUCAGCCUAUUGUUUGGGAAAAGAAGUUUGUCCAGCGGGCUCAUGAUUUCUGGGCUCUCUGCUGCAGAAGGUGGAAAUACAACAGACACUCAGUCGUCCAGCAGUGUGAACAUCGCACUCGGACCGUCGGUCAGCCAGACAAGCCAGAUGGCAAGGGGAAGCUCUGAUGCCUGGUCUUCUCUGGAUGUUAUAAGCUCCAGCCAGCCGAAGGACAUGGCACACACAGACAAUGCAUUACUCACUCAAAGUGCUGACCCAAAGGUGAAAGAUGAACAGAGUACAAUGACCUCAGCCAGUCCUGGACCAGAAUCACCAGUGAUCACUUAAGUGUUAAUAGGAAAUGCUUGGUUCUUUAUAAAGUGGUGAAAUCAGUGAAGAAUAAGAUAUUAAGAGCAAGAAAAAUAGGGGAGAUAAUUCUCUUACAUCCAGGAAGGAAAACUGCAUUAAACUACAAAAAGGAAAACUACAUCAAACUACAGAAAAGAAAACUGCAUCAAACAGAACAAUUUAAUGGAAUUAGUCAGUGUUGAAUGCUAUAAGUUGUUUUGUGUGAUGAAGUUAAUAUAGUUUCAUUUUCAAAGUAUAUUUAUUCCUCCAUCUGUGUUGCUCUUACAUCUUUCUGUAUUUUGCUUGUUUCCCAAUAGCAAACAUGUUAAAGAGCUGCAUUGUAUCCAUCUUACAGAGGAUAUGAUGUGAAGAGUGGCAAUUUUUCUACUUGCACACAAAAAUAUAAAUAACAAAACAUCGUGUAACCAAUCGUCCCUCAGUUCUGGUGAAAUUUUUGGAAUUAUUAUUUAUGAAGUCAGUGAUUAGGUAUGGAAAAUUUCAAUUUUGUCAUAACUACAGUGUAAAAAAUUACUUGUGAACAAAAACAUUGAAUUUCCUAGAUUUAUGAAUUCACCAAAUGCAUCUAGAUAACUUGCCAAAUAUGGCCAGUUUAUAUAUGCUGGAUUAACAAAAGUACAGUCGGUGCUCUGGCAAUGUAAUGACCACUUUUAGAACUGAUUCAAUUAGUACAUUUGUUUCAGGGAAAACAUCCUGCCUGCCACAUGAGAUACCAGUGCACAGAUUUUCAAAUAAAUUUCACCUUAAUUUUUUAUAGCUAUUACAACUAAUGAUGCUCAAGGGAAAUUGGCUAUGUGAAUCAAAGUACAGCUCGAGAACGAAGUAUAAAGGAACAAUGAUUUUUCUUUUUACAUUUGUGUGUGGUGUUGUGUUCCAAGGAUUACAUUUUCAACUUGCAAAAUGAUUUCAGCAUGGCCUUGAGAGGAUGGCAUGGAAAUUUACUGUUGAUGCUUUAGGAGCAUGUGGAAGCUAUAGGAAGGAAAGCUGGAGGACAAGGAUAGAAUAGCAGAUAGCUGACAGAUGCAAUUGAAUUCAUAGAAAUGGGAAGGUUAUCCUAAUUGUAAGACCUGUAGAUGUCCAGAACUGGGUUACAGCACAAUGUUACCAGAGUUCUCAUUUUAAAAAACCAAAAUGAAAUAAAGACAAUUAAGAUUGGAAUGUUUUAAUGUAUUGAAUGCAGAAAUAAGAAAUAAAAUUACCUUUAGUUAUUAAGUUGUCAUAAAUACACACUGGAACUUGUGGACAGAGUUCAAAAGCAAUAAGUUAGGCUGUACCUUUUAAAAUUUAGACCUUCCCUAGGACACUGCAUCCAUUUCUGGGCACCAGAUCUUAGAAAGGAUGUCAAGGCUUUAGAGAUGGUGAAACAACAAGAAGCUAGGUGGCUGUGUUCUAAAUCAUAAAAAUUUUGAUCAAGUAUAAAGGAGAAAAACUUUGAGUGACUUAAUUGCUAACUGAGGACACGGAUGUUUACACAGUAAAAAGUAAAGGUCUGGAGUAGCUUGUAUGAAAGAGUGCUGGAAGCACAUUCAACAAAAAAAGGACAGGAUAUGAUUGAAAAGUGAAAAAAAUGCACUACAAAUACAAAGUGCAACUUAGUAGUGAAUUAUGGAGAUAUGUGGAGAUAACAGUAAAAUGGAGUGCUUCUGUUAUAGCUAACUGUAAUGGAAGUAUAAAAGACUAAGCGCUUUUCAUGCUGUAUUUUCUGGCUGUGGGAAGGAUAUAAAUAUAUCUGCUGACUAUACUACUCCUCAGAGAUCAGUGGAGGGUGCAGCAAAUGAUUAUGCAUUGACUACUCAACUCCUUACUGAAACCAAUUUCCAUCUCCACAGUUAUGCUCCCCCUUCCAGUGUGGUCAUUUCUCAUUGCUUAAUCAUGAACAUUAUUUGCCCACUACUAUGCCUAUAAAAACAACUUUCUUUAUAUGGUGCUCUUAAAGUAGAAGCAGGUCCCAAGGGACUGAACAGAAGCAUAAUCAGACAAAAAUAGUAGAGCAAUUCAACUUUUCUCAGGAUUUUGGCUGAUAAAAAUUGAUAUCAAUCUUAUUUAUUUGGCAAAAUCAUAUUGUAGAACUGUAAAAAAUGAUGUCAGCUUAUAUUGUGUAUCAUGUGGACAACUAUGAAACAGACAAGUCAUUUUCUGCUGGUGAAUUAAUACAUUAUUUCAAAGCACUGCAUAUAGCAACAUAAAUAUUUGGAGUAAAUAUAAAUGUUUGGAUGUAAUACUUGGAGAACAGAGAAAAAUUACAAGGAUGUUGCUGGGACUUCAGCACCCGAGUUAUAGGAAAAGAUUGAAUAGGAUAGGACUUUAUUCCCUAGAAUGUAUAAAAUAGAGGGGAGAUUUGAUAGAGAUAUACAAAAUCAUGAGGGGUAAGUUAAAUACAUGCAGGUUUCUUUCCACUGAGAUUGGGUGAGACUACAACUAGAGGUCAUGAGUAAAGGGUGAAAGGUGAAAUCUUUAAGGGGAACAACAUGAGGGAGAACUUCUUCAUUCAGUGGGUCUUAAGUAUGUGGAACAAGCUGCCAGGGCAAGUGGUGGAUUCAGUUUUGAUAUCAAUACAUAAGAAACGUAUGGAGGGCUGUAGUCCAGGUGCAAGUCGAUGGGACUCGGCAUGUUCAUGGUUCAGUCUAGACUAAAUGAGUCAAAGGACUUGGUUCUGUGUUGUAGUUUUCUAUGUCUCUAUCUGAAAUCGCUUUGCACUAUAUAAAAACAAAAUGCCUAAUGUUUAAUCGGGCACUUCUUCAGUAAUUUUGCUCUAACUUUCUAUCUGUGUUUAACAACAAGCAACUUGAUAAAUUAUUAACACAAGGGAUUCUGCAGAUGCUGGAUAAGUGACAAGAUUCUUGUUGAAUUCUGAUAAUGAGUUGCUAUGGUACACUAUGCAAUUAUAUCAAUUAAUCCUAUUAGCCUUUUGUACUGUUUUGGAAUACAGAACAAGUUUAAAAUCUGGCAAUUUGAAAGAUGGUCUGAAUGCAAUCAAUUAGUUCAAGGAUGCAGCAACAGGUUUCAAAUGCUAGGAAUGAUGAAGUUAUUGACUAUUUGACUGUAACAGAAAACUUACGAGUACCAGAUGCUGAGUCAUUGCAGCUAAAAUGUUUUUUGUUUGUUAUCAUUCCUUCUAAAGUUGAUCAUAAAAUUAUCUUUUUAACUGCUUGAUGGUAAAUAUUUUGGCUUGUUGCUGGAAGCAUGUUUUGCUAUAUGAUGGUGCAAAAUUACCACUUGAAAUUAGUCAUUAUUGGUGGUAAAACUUUGACUAAUUGCCUUUCCAAGGGUCAUUAGAACUGCUUACAAUAUGCUUUAGUUGGAAUAAUAGCAGUAUAUUAUUGUGUCCUACUUGUUUUGAAUGUAAUACAUUUCUGCAUUGCGAUUUUACUUCUUGAAAUAUGAAUCAUCUUGGAAUAUAGUAAUUAUUUCUUCGAAAUGGUGAAAUGCAAUUUUAAUGUAAAACCAAAAAUGAUACAUUUAUUGUUAUCCUUUCAAAGAUGGAAAUGAAAGUUAACUCUCCAUUUCAGUCAUGAUGCAUAGGAAAAUAAAUUUAUUGUGCUUUAGACUAUUCACGGUUUCCCAUAUUAAAUAUAACUGCAUGAAGUUGCCUAUGAAAUAUGCUAACUAUAGGCUUAUAAAUUUACUGCCUUGUUAAGUGAAGUGCAAAUUGAAGGCAUGAAAAUGUUUUAGAGUUGAAAAUAAUAUAAUAUUUAGAAAGAUGAUAAAAAUGUAAAGAAAACUGCACUAAGGCUAUAUUCUUGAACCAUAUGUACACUUGUACACAUACACAUGGAAAUAUGCAAUAUAAGUAUCAGGUUUUGAACUUUAUGCUAACUUAAAAUGUAUAUACUUGUAAUGUCAAUUCAAUUGUGUUGGAAUGUAUGGAUACUUUAAAUAUUGGAGCAUGAUUCAGUAUGGAAUAUUAUUUCAGAAAAUUAAAGUGCAAUUUUUA